AUGUCUGGCAAGUCGGCAGCAGUCAGGGAGCCUCCGAGCGAGCUCAGUUCGGUGAAACAGUACAUUCGGCGCGGGAAUCAGCUUCGCAAUGUUGAUCCUGUCAUCACGUACUAUUGCUACUUUUGGGCAAUCAAACAUAUUCUUGCCAAUUCCCUGCAUUCACAAAGUCCGGAAUGCACUGUUUGGACUACCGACCUUAUGGAUGAGCUCGAGCGGCGGAAAGCAGCCCUGGAGGGCAACGAACUAAUUACCGACGACAUGGCCGCCCAAGCCUACGUCGAGAAUUUCGCCCUCAAGAUCUUUAACAACGGUGCCCAAAUAAUCGAUACCAACAGAGCCACCAGUCAAACCGCCGAUACCCUGCUAGCAGGCGUAACUCUCCUCGAAGUUUGCCGUGUAUUUGGCGAUCUCGACGCAGACACCCACAAAAAGAUUAUAUAUGGUAAAUACCAGUCUAGUCGUAUCUUGAAAGCGAUCCAAGCCGGUCAGGACCCCAACCCUCCCAAACCCGCCAUUCCAGAGCCCGCCCCCUCGGAGCCCGCCCCUAUCGUCCACACCGAACCACCCCCAGACAUCUACGGCAACCAGCAUACCGAGCCACCCCCCGAUAUCUACGGCAACGCAAACCGACCCCCCGCCCCCAGCAUCGAGGAGGUCCCCGACGAGUCCGUCGAUCUUGAGCCACGCCUUGCCCGUACCUCAUUACACUCCACCCCCCCGCCCGCACCGCAAACACCCGUCCUCCCCAGCCCCCCACGGUCACCAGAAAAACCCCACGAGUACCUCCCCGAGGUACCAACCGUGCACGAACCCAGUGCGCCUAGCCUCUUCCCCACAACAAUGGGACCGGCGAAUACCUCGUUCCCCGAUAUAUCACCAUAUAACCCCCCGCAGCCUCCUCAGGCUCCCUACUCGCAGACUCCGUACUCACAGCCUCCUCCACGGGCCCCCUACACGCAGCCUCUUCCCCAGACCCCCUACGCGCAGCCUCCGUAUGCACCAUCCCCGUACUCGCAGUCCCCGCCGCCGUUGAACCACUACCAUCAGGCACCAACGCCGGCGCCAGCGGCGCCGCCAAAGAGGGUUAAGAAGGAGGUGACGCCGGAGGAAAUGACGAAAGCACAGAAGCAUGCCAGGUGGGCUAUUAGUGCGCUGGAUUAUGAGGAUGUGGAGACUGCAAUUGCGCAGUUCCGCUUGGGGCUGCAGCUGCUGGGUGCCGACUAA